AUGUUCAAAAAGAGCAGAAGAUUGAAAAGUGUAUCGAAUGCUAUAAAGUCAGUUUCGAGCGCUGAUGCGUCCGCAGGUAUUUCAUCAAAGAUGUUUGAUAUAAAAGAGGUGAGUCGUUACGGUAUGAACGGGAAGGUCACCAAGUUUGCUUUUGAUCCUGUCCAAAGCUUGUUAGCGGUUGCCACUGAUGCAGGGGAAAUCCAUGUUUACGGAAAACAGCAAGUGGAGGUCGUUUUCACGUUAGAUUCAAAGGCAUUCAUCAAACACCUACGGUUUGUGAAGGGUAUAUACUUAGUGGCAGUGAAUUCAAAGGAUGCGGUUUUGGUACUUUCAUUACUUUCUAAACGGAUUUUAGCUUCUUUUUUUGCUCCUGGGAAGAUAACCUGCGUUGAAACAGAUCCAUCACUUGACUGGAUGCUCAUAGGGUUACAAAGUGGAACAACGGUGAUAUACGAUAUUGAUAGAGACAGUUUAUCACCGGUACGGAUUGAAAAUCUUCAAAAAAGUCAUUUUUUUCCCAAAAGUUCGCUUUCUCCGGUGGUGUCGUUACAAUGGAACCCAAGAGAUAUUGGAACAAUACUUAUUUCUUAUGAAAAAGUUAGCGUGACUUACUCACUGAUUGAAGGUGAAAUUAAGCAGCAUUUUAUUUAUGACUUGCCUCCUUUUGCGCCGGGGGGAGAUCCAACCGAGAAAAAUGACGUGAAGAGAAGCCCAAAAGUGAUACAAUCAGUAUAUCAUCCAAAUUCGUUGAAUAUACUAACUGUACACGAAGACAACUCUCUAGUCUUUUGGGACUGUAAUAGUGGUAAACUUAUACAGGCAAGAACCCUUUUCGAUACAGACGUGAACGUUCCUAAAAAUGUCAACGAUCUGUCGCCAAUGAAAAAUUCCCCAAUCUUCAAAGUAUCAUGGAUUUGCCAAGCUAAUCCAGAAUAUACGUCCCUCUUAAUUGCAGGUGGCUCUUCGAAUAUUGAUGCAGGUUGUCACAACCUCACAAUGAUAGAUCUUGGGGGAACUCCACUAUAUUCGGUGACGUCGUAUGAAAAAAUGAGCCAGUAUUACGCCAAUCCCGUGAAACAAAAGAUACUGCCCAUUCCUAACGAGCAAUCAGUUGUCGACUUUCUUCCUCUCGCCAGAGGGUCACCAUACUUUUCAGGAUGUCAUGACCCAGGCUUCAUACUUAUUCUACUUGCAGACGGUGGCAUCGAGACUCUCUUAUAUCCCUCAGGCCAUGUUUCUUACAAAGCUUCGUUAUUCCCUCAAAGUAUAUCCUGGGUUCGACCAGAGGCCACAAAAUCAGUGGCCACGUCAGUUCCAAAUAAACUUUGGUUGGGUAUGAUGUCGUCUACUUACAGCAAAGAUUAUCUAUUGAAGGGUGGUGCACCAGUGAAAAAGCCACUGAGAGUACAUGAUACGAGGUCGUCAUUAGCUACAGGUCACACAAACGGAUCCGUCAGAAUAUGGGAUGCAUCUCAUGGGGAAUUGGAUGAAAGCGCCGUGUUCGACGUAAGUGUUUCAAGUGUAUUGAAUACUGCUACUGGUAUUGCAGUUAAUCAUAUUUCAUUUGCAUCAGAAACUGCGGAAUUAGCUGUCUCAAUUGAUGCAGGGGAUGUAGUUUUAUUCAAGUUCCAAACCAAUCAGUUUUACGCUCCGGCGGGGAGUCCUAUCCCCCAUGAUGUUGAAGUGAAUUUCAGGAGAUUUUCUCUGAACGCGUCAACCGAAAUUAUGGUGGACGUAUCCGACAGAGCGCCUAAAAAUAUAAGGGAAGGAUUCAUGCCGAUCACAGCCAUUCAUGCUCGGAAGGGCAAAACGACUUCUUUAACGAACAGCAAUGUUGGUUUCGUAGGCAUAGCUUACGAGGAAGGGACUAUUAUGGUAAUUGAUAGACGGGGCCCGGCAAUCAUUUUCUUGGAGAACGUUAAAAAGAUAUCAAGACAGAGAAGUGCUUACGUCACUUCGAUUGACUUUUCGAUAAUGGAGUUUGGCGAAGAUGGUUAUUCUAGCAUUUUGAUGUUAUGUGGUACAGAUGCUGGUGAGCUGCUUAUUUUCAAGGUUUUACCAGACCCCAGUGGAAGGUUUUCUGUUAAAACUAUUGAUUCUACAAAAACGAAUGACUCUGGCCCAAUUAUUUCCAUCGAUUCGUUCUCUAAAACAUCGUCUAACCCGUGUUCCGCCACAAUAUCCAUGAUGCGUGACCUCUCAAAGGGUGUACCUAUACCAGGGCAAAUCAUGAUAUGUGGUGCUUUUGACAUUCGCCUUUUGAGUCCGGGCAGAUCGAAGGAUAGCCAUAGGAUUUUCAAAUACCCGAUUGCCUCUGCAGGCCUUUCUUAUUUCAAACUCCCUCCUGUGAAGGGAGUAAAACGUGUCGCCACUGUUAUCAUAUGUUUACUGGUCAAUGGGGAGGUGAAGAUAUUGAAUGUACCAGAGCUAAAAGAAAUCAAGUCUCUAACAUUACCAAUGCCUAUUCAUAGCAAGUACAUCACUGAAUCUUCCAUUUUAAGAAAUGGUGAUAUCGUCGCAAGAGUUGGGAAAGCUGAGGCAAGCUUAUUAACAGUUUUAAAAGAAACGGCCUCUGAUAUCGACAAGGACAACCAGAGCUCAGCAAAUUCUGCCACUGACUCUUUAUACAACCCCAAUCUGAGAAUUGCAUGCAGACCACAAGUGAACUCUUUACAAUGGGCUCGUGGGACUGUAUACGUAAGACCCGAAGAUCUUUCGCGAUUACUUGGUGGUGAUAGAAAGCCUUCCAAGUAUGAAGAGAGCGCCAUUGCGAAUGGAACUAUUUCAAUCGAUCCUCAAGAAAAAGUUAGUAAUAGCCAUGAACUAUCUGCUGCGAAUAAUCAUCAAUAUCAAGCACCAGUGAGACAUGCUGCUAAAUCUGGUGGAUAUGGCACCAUGAAAUAUAUCUCCCGUGCCGUUGAGAACGGAAUGGAUAACAUAGAGGGAACAUUCAAUGAUUACGCAGUGGCAGCUAACGAGACUAUUAAUGAGGCUUUGGAGCAAACCGGUUCUGAUCUUGUGAAGGGUGCAUUCAAGUCAAAGAUGGGAUUUUAA